AUGGCAUUGUUGGCCCCUCGACAGGGUUAUCACUUUGGGCCCAGCAUCCCUCGUCCACCGAAAGAAUCACCGAGCACCCCAAUAAAGACCGACAGGUCCAUCGAUCCAAAGGUUUUCUUCGAGCUAUUUGCUGGCACUAUUGGCAUUUUUGUGCUUGCGGUCUUGUUCUGGAAACUUGGUCGAUUUGUCCGACGAUUUAAUCGAAACAAGGUCUUGAGAGCUGGGAACCCCAUUGACACUCGUUAUGCACGCACAUGGUACGGCUGGGUAUCGCGGUCGACUCACGAUAGGAACAAGAAAGCCUUUCGUGAUUUCGUAGCUUGGAUAUGGGACUCUAUGGCAUGGAAGUCGACCCGGGACGACUAUAGCUGGGUUUGGUGGGAUCCCGGGGACAUCGAAAGACAAAAGCGCCAGCGAGAAAGAAGGAGACGCUGGUGGUUACCGAACUGCUUCAGGAGCUAUGAAGACGUUCCAACGGCAGACGAGAUUUGGAACCCCUGUGGGCUGCCCCGAUGCCAUGAUGCUUUAAGGGAAGACUUCCAGGCCCCGGUCAAUCCACCAACCGCAAAGAUUCCAGCGCCCAACAAUGUCAUUGGUUCAACCUUGAGAGAGCAGCCACUGGGAACUGAUUCUAAGCCAGCGAUCACUCGUUCCAUUUUGGAGGAGCUUUACAGGGACCCUCUGCAAGCUAGCGACGACGGUUCACAUAAUCACCCGCACUUUCAUUCCCCCGGUAUAACAAGCCCAGCUACCCAUGUUCCAGUCGCUCGGCUUCAGGUACAGUCGCUACCUUCUCGUCACAUCCACUCAUUUCACUCUCGGGGCUCGAUUCCAUGGUUUCGUGAUGGCGUUACCAGAAAUGUAUCGUACCAUGUUGACUCGGUUGUUGACCACGAGAACUAUCAAUUUACAACAUUGGAGCCAAACAUAACCAUCACCAAGGCUAAGAGACCAGAUCCAAUUUCACCAGCUCGAAGACUCAACCAGUCCCGACAUCGCGGGUGGUCAGCGCGAAUGCAACUUGGGCCUGGGAAGGCAAGCUUGCACCACCAAGGUGAUUCAUCUGGCCCCCCUGGGACACCAAUGACCGAGCUGCUCGCCAGCUACUCUUCGACUGAAAGCUCUUCGUCCCCGUGCCUUUCAAAACAAUUGAGCAGCAGCCAGAGAAGAACAUUGCAAGUUUCCGAGGACCGGAUUUCCUUUGCUUCUGAAAUGUUUAUUGACAACCGACUCCAUUUCGCAAAUGAAGGGCGGAUCUAUACCAAGACCUUCCGGUGGAACUCAGCUCCAGCAAGAAGUGAUCCACAAGGUAAAAAGAAAAUGCCUACACCAAGACCAACUUUGAAUGACGAAUGGCUAUCUCUCUGUGACCCCAAGGGCAUUCGUGGCCAGUGCCAUUCCUCCCAGUCCCGAGAUAUAGGUGAAUCUACAGCGCAUGAACUCUCUAAGCCCCCCACAGAUCAAAUCCAGCUGAAAACAGGAGGCACUUCGAGGAGAUUGAGUGACUGGGAAGUCAUGUUGCUGGAAAGAUUAGACAGAAAGCUCGGGUGGGUAUUCAAUGAGUUUACCCCAGGACAGAAGCCAUACCAUUUUGCCACGCUCGCGAAUCAUUGGUUGAAUAGGGAGACAUGGAUCGUCUACGACCCCAUCUCCAGAGUUCCCACCAAUUCGCGCAGGGAAUGGGGAGAUCCACGCUUCAAUGUUCCUUACCCAGAGCCUGUUCUGGGCCCAAAACCAAAAUACCCUGCGAUUACACGGAAGCGAAUGUAUAAUUCUCGCAUUCACUCCUGGCGGGCAAUGGCAAACAGCCACAGAAGGAGAUCUGGUAUCCGGGAGGCAAUCCGCAGCAUCACUUUGUGUGAGAAUUCUGCCGAGGAGCCCCCAGACGGUCAUAUCGAUCCGGCCUCUUGGGCGUUGCCCAAGCCACCCCAAGGCUUCCAAAUGUCUACAGCUCAGCAGAAUGCCUGGUACGAAGGAGGUGCAGGGUGGCAAGAGAAACUCCAUGACUGGCAGCAAGUUCGUCGGGGAUAUCGUGUUCGCAAAGCUUUGCAUGAAGGCCGAGUCAACAGGGGAAAGUUGAAGGAAGUGGUAUCGCAAGUGAGCAGAACUUGUCGGCCUGCCGCGAGCAAGUCAAGUCCAAAUAUCGAUAUAAGCAACAUCGGAGCCUCGACCAACCUCGUUUCAUGA